AUUUCAAAAUACCGAUGUAGAUGAAGAAGGUGAAAACCGACACUGAUUCUACUCCCAUUGUUGACUUAAAGUCUAUUAUUCACCAGCAUUCGCUGUUCUUUGACAAGUUAGUUGAGCUUAUUCCGGCAAACUUCUAUCUAUCCACCGGCGACAAGGAUAAGCCCUGGUUUCAGGGUUUAAGCAAGGCCGAAAAAGUGUCAGCGAAGAAGGAAACAAAGGAGAACAUCAAGAAAGCUCGACGAGAUCGAUUAGACCCUGAGAAGUCGUCCACAACAACCCUUGAUUUGUUGAAGCAAAGCUUCAAAAAGGAGAAGAAAGAUGGUGAAAGUGAUGAUGGCGAGACUGAGAUUCAGCCUAAUUUGUCUGGUUUGGAUGAUGAUAAUAGGUUGGUGACAUGGGAGGAGCUUCGACAAAGGCUUCGUCGAAGAAUUAAAGAGUUUCGGGCAACUCGGAAUACUAGAGGCUUUGAUAAGGCAAACAAGAGGAAUGAGAGAAAUGAAGGAACUGAGCAAAAGAAAUGCAAGAGGGACACCGAAUCAAAGGAGAAAGAGCCUAAAUUGGGUAUUUCGGAUGAUAAAGUAGAGAAAGAUGAUGUGGAAGCUUCAAAGGAGCUUGCAUUCAGCCAUGUGAAGCUCGGGAAUGAAGACGGGCACAGGAAGAAAAAGAAGCAGCGGAAGCUUUCAAAAUCACAGGAGCUUGAGAGGGCCAAGAAGUUGGAGGAAGCAAAGAAAGAUCCCGGGAAAGGGGACGUUAUUUCGAAGAAGCACUCGUGGAAUGCUGCGAUAAGCUGAGCCGCUGGGAUAAAGGUUCAUGACAAUCCCAAGUUGUUGAAGGAGAGCAUUCGAAAGGAAAAGAGAAGGCAACAAAAGAAUGCUCAGAAAUGGAAGGCCACACAGAAGAUGAAAGCAGAAAGACAACAGAAGAGGUCAGAAAAUAUAGCAGCAAAGAAACAUGAUAAGAAGAUGAGGAAGAUCGCAAAGAGGGAAAGGAAGCUUAUGAGGCCAGGAUUUGAAGGUCGCAAGGAAGGAUUUGUCAAUGAAGGCUCUACAGCUUGA